AUGAUAAAGAAAAGAAUAAAUAAAAAAGUUAAAAAUAAGAUAGUCUACAAUUAAAUUAAAUAAUAUAUCAAUUAAAUGGAGAUAAUUAAUAAAUUUAGCAUUUUAAUAAUCCAAAAUAAAAAUAAUUUGUUUAAAAAGUAGAAUAAUAAACAUUUCUUUAAAAACUUUGCAGUUGUUUAUUUGAAACAUAGUUAUAUCAAUAAGAAUUACUAGAAGAAAAUAAUACAAAAUCAAUAACUGAAAAUUCGAAUAAUACAAAAUAUGAAAAAAUAAUGUAAAUUGGACCAUAAAAAGAGCAUAACAAAGGCAAAAAGACAUUAAUAUUAGAUUUAGAUGAAACUCUUGUACAUAGUUCUUUUUAAGAAAUAAAUUCUUAUGAUUUUAAAAUAUAGAUUUUAGUAUAAGAUAUUCCGUUUACAGUAUAUGUUAAAAAAAGACCUGGAGUAGAAUAUUUUUUAAAUAAAGUUAGUGAAUUAUAUGAAUUAGUUAUAUAUACAGCUAGCUUAGCAGAUUAUGCUAAUCCUGUGUGUGAUAUAAUAGAUUAAAAACAAAUAAUAUGUCAUAGAUUAUUCAGAGAAAAUUGCACUAUUCAUAAUGGAAUGUUUGUCAAAGAUUUAACAAAAAUAGGAAGAAACAUAAAAGAUUUAAUUAUUGUUGAUAAUUCAGAAACCUCAUUUUUAUUUCAACCUGAAAAUGCAAUAUAAAUAACUAAUUUUUUCGAAGAUUAAAGUGAUCGCGAAUUAUUUAGACUUUUACCUUUUCUUCAUUUUUUAAGUGAUGUAAAAAUAAAAAAAUAUAAAAUAUUACAAAAUAAAUAGGUAAAUGAUGUAAGAUCAACCAAAAUGUGGAUGGAAAAAUACAUAUAAUAUGACAAAAUCGACUAUAUAAAUAUAAAGGGAGAACAUAAAUAAUUUUCUCGUAAAAAAUAAAAAAAUCUAAUUAUAAUAAUAAUUUAAUAAGUGAAAAUAAUUCUUAUUAUUCAAAUUUAAUUUAUGAUAAUAAUACUCCUGGAACAAAUAAUAUAAGCUAAAUAGGAAAUACCGAUGAUUUAUCUAGAAUAUAAAUGCAAAAUCAAACAAAUGAUAAAAAAUAUAAAAAGAAAACACUAACUAUAUAAGUUACUGAAGAAUAAAAAGAAUAAGAAUUAUAAAAAUAAAAAUAAAAUAUGAAACUUGAUAAUGAUUUAGAAGAUUUAUAAUAAAAAGUUAGUAUUAUAUAUUCUGUAAAAGGAAAUAAUAAAUUAGAAUCAACA